AUGGGGGAGAGCAUUCCCGCGCUGCUGCUCCGUCUGCCGAGUGUUGGCAUUGACGAGAGGCACGUGCGGGAUGGCCGCGUCACGAUGUCCAUCGAGGACGCGUCCACGGCGGCGAGCGCCUACUUCCAGCUUGUGGAGGACUAUUUGCAGCAGGAACAGGCGUUGGACAUUGAAAAGGACAUUGCUCCGGCUGUAGACUUCGCGCUUCGCCUCUUCAAUGCGGAAAACUUCAGUGGGGAGUUGGUGCCCGCAGAGCGGGAGGAGUUAUCGGCGGUGCUGCAGCGUUUCACCAUGGCGGAUGCGCUGCUUGAGCGCUGCGUGCAGCGGCUGCUUGUGAGUGAUGGGGAAAUGCCACACCCGUGUCUGCGUCUGAGUGCACUGCUGCUGUGCGCCCUAGCCAUUGUCUGCAGCAAGGCGCCGGGUGGUGGGCGACCGCUCGUGCCGUAUCAUUCCGUUUGGCGGCUGCGAGUUCACAUGCGUCACCAACUCGUUCUGCAGCAUCGGGCGCAUUCCGUCUUUCUUCACCUUUCCGCCUGCGUGGACGCCGCCCUGGGGCUGCCGGAGGCCGAGCUCAGUGUUGAGCACCUCCUCGAAGUGGGCCAUGUGCACAAUUAUUACCACCGACGUGACACCGCCGCCGAAACGUUCUGGCGGGCCGUUCGCAAGAGCGGUCUCACCAUCUCCGAGAGCGCCAUGCUGGGCGUGCGCACCCGAUGGCAGCAGCAGCAGCUUGUGCAGAUGGUGAUGAACGCGCAGAGUGCGCUGCCGUUCACCCCGCGACCCGUUACCGAUGCGCCGCGGGUGGUGAUGGGAGAGGAGGACGGCCAUGACCUUCUUGACCGCCCGCGCGAGUCCGUAGAAACGCCGGCGCCCCCGCUGCAGCCACUGCACCCGCUAGACAAGGCCCUCAUCCUCGCCCUCUGCCUUGACCUUCGCAACACCAACCCCUAUCAUGGGCUGACGCAGCAUCACAUGCAGACGUACGUGGAGCGACUAAUUGUGGACCCCGCUCCUGCACCGUUCAUGAUUCAGUGUCAGACGCUCCUUCUGCGCAGCCGAUUGGAGCGUCGACGCAAUCGGGUGCAGGAACGGGCCUUUAUGCAGCUGACGGAGUUGGUGGAUCAAUUCACCGCGGCACGCGACCCCACACGCAAGACAUUUCACCGCACGGAAAGCGACUACUUUUAUAGUGUGGCAUACCCAUCUAUUUGGCAGCUAAAAAGCGAAUAUGCUGACUUCUGCUACGAAGAGAGCCUCUUUAAGACGGCCCUUGACGCCUAUGAGCAGGUGUUGGACUGGGAAAAUAUUAUAAAGUGCUGCAAGGCACUGGACAAGCGAAAACGGGCGGAGUCUCUCGCACGUGAGCUACUUGAGACUGAUCCAUGCAACCCUUUGCUGUGGGUGGCGCUCGGAGAGGCGACACGCGAGGUCUCGCACCUCUGGAAGGCGUGGGAGUUGUCGAACCACCGAUCCGCGGCCCCGAUGCGGGCCCUGGCGAGGCUGGCGCUCGAGCGUGAGGAGUACAGUAAGGUGGUGGAGUACUUUGAUGAGGCCGUGCGGCUGAAUCCCGUGUUUGGCGGGGACUGGUUUUCGCUCGGCUACGCCGCGAUGCGGCUCGAGCAGUGGGAUCGCAGCGGGGAGGCCUUCACGCGCGUCUGCCAGAUUCAGCCAAAUGACGCGUACGCGUGGAACAAUCUUGCCUCGGUGCUGCUGCGCGACGGGAGGCUUCGGCCGGCGUUUAACGCCAUGAGUCAGGCGCUGCGCAACAACCGUCGUGACUGGCGCAUGUGGCAAAACUACUUCUCCAUUGGCUGUGAGCUGAAGGAGGUGACAGAGACGACGAAUGCGCUGAACGUCCUGCUGGAGAUUGCGAAACGCAACACGCGCCUGGAGCGGGAAUCGCUGAACCGCUUUGUAGACAACGCCAUUGCGUACAUGGAGGGACGCAUCCCCGCCAGCUCUAGGGAUCACGUGGAGGCGGCGGAGGUCUCUCACGCCUCCGUCGCCCUGGUGGACGAUGACGGUGCUGCGGAGGCCGAGCAGCACGUGUGUGACCUCGUUCCGCUGGGAAGCGAACUCGACAUGCCCGAGGCGUUUUUGGGGUCCGGCAACUCGGCAGCAGCAGCUGCGGAGGCGGAGCGGGUGCACGCGGGCAUUGUGGACCGCUACAAGCAGCGCAUGCGAGACACGUUUAAGCGCAUCACCGACCUCUUUGUAACAGACCCGGAUAUCUACGCCUGUGGGGCGAAACUGCUGCGCUACAUGGACGGCCCCUUGAGGGCGUACGAGAUGCGCCUGAAGGAGCUGCGCUGCUGUCAGCAGAAGGAUCAGUGGGAGCGGGAUGAAACCCGCUUUGCUCGCACCUGCGAGUGUCUUCACGAACUGGCUGCUGACGCCCUCGCGGCGGCGGCGAUUGCCCCCACCACGGGAUCCGAGGACCGGGAGGAUGUGCAGCGCGGGGCGGUGGCGGCGUUGGAUGACACGCUGAGCAACACAAUGGCCGUCAUUGAGGCGGCGCAGGACUACAUGCGCGAGUCCGCGGACUACGACAAGCUGCGGUCGGUGCUGCUACCACAGCUACGCAGCGGCCUGCAGAAGGCAAAGUCGGCGUUUAACUCAGGCUAA